CACAAACUUUCAAAACUUCUCCAACCUUUAUAUAAACCCACAUUCUCAUAACAAAAACCAAACUCAUCCAUUAUCACCAAUGGAAAUUCUCAUCUUUUCCAUUCUCAUCCUAUCCUCCAUCAACCCCUCCCACCAAGCUCUCCCACCUCUCAACCCAAGACUCAUCAAAGCCCACACAGCAAUCCAAGCAUGGAAACAAACCUUCACCUCUGACCCAAAAAACUUCACCUCAAACUGGUAUGGCCCAAACGUCUGCAACUACACAGGUAUCUACUGUGCACCCUCCCCACAAGAUCCCUACAUCUACACAGUUGCUGGCAUAGACAUAAACCAUGCAAACAUAGCAGGUUCAUUACCGGAAGAGCUAGGUCUUCUAAAAGACCUAGCUCUCUUCCACAUUAACUCAAACAGUUUCCAUGGUUCCCUUCCAAACACCUUCGACUCUCUCGAAUUUCUCCACGAGCUCGACAUCAGUAACAACAAAUUCUCCGGACCAUUCCCGGAAGUUGUUUUAUGCAUUACUUCAUUGAAAUUCUUAGACAUAAGAUUCAAUAAUUUUCAAGGAAAUGUUCCUGAGAAACUCUUUGAUUUAAAACUUGAUGCAGUUUUUAUCAACGAUAAUAAAUUUCAAUUCUCUUUGCCGGAGAAUUUCGGAAACUCUACGGUUUCUGUUGUGGUUUUCGCGAAUAACAAUAUCAAAGGUUGUAUUCCGUCGAGUGUGGUGAAAAUGAAGGACACCAUUAACGAGAUUAUAAUGGUUAACAGUGGAAUGAAAGGCUGUUUACCGGAUGAAAUUGGUGAGUUGGAUAAAGUGACGGUGUUUGAUGUUAGUUAUAAUGAGUUUGUUGGUGAGUUGCCGGAGAGUAUUGGCGGCAUGAAGAGUUUGGAGCAGUUGAAUGUGGCGCAUAAUAGGUUUUCUGGUGUGGUUCCGGAGAGUGUUUGUAGGUUGCCGAGGUUGGAGAAUUUUACGUAUUCGUUUAACUUUUUCAGUGAUGAAUCGGAGAGUUGUGUUGAGUUGAAAAGUAAGGAUGAUAGGUUGAAUUGUAUUCCUUUUAGGCCGUUGCAAAGGUCGGGUUAUGAGUGUGAAGUUUUUUAUAAACAUCCUGUUCAUUGUAGUGGUGUUGGUUGUUCUUUUACAUCUCCGUCACCUCCACCUCCAUCUCCACCACCUCCUCCGCCUCCACCUCCUCCUCCUCCACCUCCUCCGCCUCCACCUCCACCUCCACCUCCACCUCCACCCCCUCCACCACCAUCACCACCUCCUCCUGUGGAAGUUUACUACCAUUAUCUAUGAUGAGAUGACAGAGAUGAGAGUUGUGAUAUUAUUUUUUUUUAAAUUCUUGUGUUCUUUAUUGGAGAUAUAUACGUAAGAAUUAGAGGUAUAAUGUUUACUUGGUCAUAUAUGUUGUUCUUGUACAAAUAAAAUAGUAUAAUAUAUAAAAUCAGCUUGACCAAAAAAAAAACAAAUAUAUAAAAUCAUAAGGAAUUUGAAUUUAGCUAUUGUCAUUUCCACCUUGGAUUAAAGGCUUGUUUUAAAAUUGAGAAAAUUGAAAUUGAAUUCCGUAUUCUCCAAAUUUUCAUUUCAAUAUAGUUGGUUUACCACUAGAGACCAAAUAUUUGAUUUAUU